AUGCUGCGAACAAGGCUAUCUCUGGCGCCGAUGUUGUCGAAGGCGACUCGACUACAACUAGGGAACAUCAAGACUGAAUAUGGCACGGUUUCAACAGCUGCUGGCUCAGCCGAAAAAUGGGGGUUUCUUUUCGGUGGCAACACGUACCCUAUCAUUAGCAUAGGCUUUAGCAUUUUCAUGGUGUCUGCCACCUGUGUGAUAGUCGCCACGUAUCAACAGUACCGCGAUAUGGCGAUAGUGACCGAGCACAUUUCGUACGAAGAUGUUAAGGACCGCUGCCUUACCCCAAUGCCCGGGUGGGCUCGUCUGCGCUCUUUCAGUAUGGCAACUCCGCAGGGCCCUGCAACGUUCCGCGAUCCGACUCCCUUAGACUGGCUUCCGUUCGAACUCAAGCUGGGUUACGUCAAGCAGGCCUCGUAUUAA